AUGAAAGAUGCUAUGAAUGCAGUCGAACGAGGUAAAAGUGUCAGAGAUGCAGCAGUGACAUUUGGAAUCCCUAAAAGUACUCUGCAUUCUAAGCUCAAGUAUACAUCACCGUUGAAUGCUAAAAAAGGACCCAGGACAGUCCUGACACCGAAUGAAGAAACUGAAAUCGUCAACUGGCUAAUCACUUGUGCUGAAACAGGUUUUCCAGUUACCAAAAAUCAAAUGUUGGAUUACAUCCAGAAGUUUUUAAAAACUUGCAAAAGGAAAAAUCCUUUUACAAAUGAUAGACCAGGUAAAGAAUGGUACUCUAGUUUUAUGAAAAGGCACACCAACCUAAGUGAACGAAUAGCUCAAAAUCCAACUACCAGUAGAGCAUUACUGAAUGAACAAGAUAUUAGGCUCUGGUUUGCAAAAGUUCAAGCCGAUUUGGAUUCAAAAAAUUUGACUGAGAUUGAACCUAUGCGAAUUUUCAACUUGGAUGAAUCUGCCUUCAUGUUGGUGCCAAAGGAUAACACUGUGUUAACUAAAAAAGGGGCCAAAUCAGUCCAUCAGAUCGUGGGCAAGAAUGAAAAAAUGUGCAUAACAACUUUGUUCAUAGCCAGUGCUUCUGGAGUCUUGCCUCUUCCAAUGGUCUUAUUUAACUUAAAAUAUACACCCAAAAAGGAGAUUUUAUCCAGGAUGCCUAAGGAGUCGGGUGUUGGCUAUUCAGAUGGAGGCUGGAUGACUGCAGACACAUUCUACAAUUAUGUGGUAAAUGUAUUUUACAAGUGGCUUGUCAAAAAUCAUAUACCAUUCCCAAUUAUUCUUUAUGCAAAUAAUCAUUCGUCCCACGUAUCAAUACCACUGUUAAAGUUUUGCCAAGAAAAAAAGGUUGAGUUGAUUGGGUUGUAUCCAAAUGCAACAUCUAUUCUGCAGCCCUUAGAUGUGGCUCUCUUUCAUACACUCAAAGAAAAUUAUAGACGUGUUUUACGUCAAUGGAAAAUUGACAAUGACAUUGUCGAUUUUCAGAAAUCAAUGUUUCCUGAAGUCUUACAUCUGGCUUUAAAAGAUUAUGAUUAUUCUAAAGGCAUAAAGCACGGAUUUGAAUGA